AUGGCCGCUCCCACGCAGCUUGCUUUCCGUACCGUCAAGGGGAUCGGUAUCUUCGAUGCGGCCCCGGUGUAUGAGCCUUUGGCGGGGUUUGAGCGACCCGAGGGAAACCUCCGUUGCAGUGCGUAUUCGCCCUGCGGCCGGUAUUUCGCCUGGGCCUCUCCGGAGAAGGUCACCAUCGUCGACCCCUCCGUCGGUCACGUCGUCUCGACCAUCCCCGCCGAGAAUGUCUUCGAGCUGGGCUUCUCCCCCCUCGGAACCUACCUCAUCACCUGGCAACGUCCGUCCAAGGACGCCAAUGGCGACGCCACCAAGAACCUCAAGGUCUGGCAGGUCGUGGAGCAGGCGCCCGACGCCCCCGCCGAGACCCAUACUGUCGUGGGGAGCUGGGUCCAGAAGUCGCAGACCGGCUGGAACCUCCAGUACACGGCCGACGAGCGCUUCUGCGCUCGCGUCGUCACCAACGAGGUCCAGUUCUUCCAGAGCGAUAACCUGGCCAAGGUGUGGAAUAAGCUGCGGGUCGAGGGCGUGAGUGAUUUUUCGCUCUCGCCGGGUAAGAACCCGUCGGUUGCUGUUUUUGUGCCAGAGCGCAAGGGCCAACCUGCGGCGGUCAAAUUGUUCAUGGUCCCUCAGUUCGGGGCGCCGGUCUCGCAGAAAACUUUCUUCAAGGGCGACAAGGUCCAGCUGAAGUGGAAUGCGUCUGGUACGACUUGUAUUGUGCUCGCGCAGACCGAGGUGGACAAGACCGGCAAGAGUUACUACGGAGAGACUACCCUGUACCUGCUGAGCAUUACGGGCGGCUUCGACUCCCGCGUGGAUUUGGAUAAGGAGGGCCCGAUCCACGACGUCACCUGGUCGCCCAACUCGAAGGAGUUUGGUGUCGUCUACGGUUACAUGCCGGCCAAGACCACCAUCUUCAACUUCCGCGGCGUGCCUCAACACAACUUUGCGCUCGCCCCGCGGAAUACCAUCCUCUUCUCUCCCCACGGACGCUUUGUCUUGGUGGCCGGCUUCGGUAACUUGGCCGGCCAGAUGGACAUCUACGACCUGGAGAAGAACUAUCACAAGGUCACCACGGUGGAGGCCUCCAAUGCCAGCGUGUGCGCCUGGUCCCCUGACGGUCAGUUCAUCCUGACCGCCACGACCAGCCCGCGGCUGCGCGUCGACAACGGUAUCCGUAUCUGGCACGUCAGCGGCGCCCUCAUGUACAACGAGGACAUGCACGAGCUGUACGACGUCUUCUGGAGACCCCAGUCCACCACACAGCACCCGCUGACCGACCCCUUCAACCCGCUGCCCACGCCGCACCCCUCUGCGGUCGCCUAUCUCAGCACCCGCAAGGCCCCCGUCAAGCCGGCCGGCGCGUACCGUCCCCCUGGCGCCCGCGGACAGCUCACCCCGCUGGCCUUCAAGCGCGAGGACCAGGGCGGCGCUGCGUAUGUCCGCGACGGUAUCACCGGCCUGAACGGCUUCGGCCGGUCCCGUCAACGCGCCGUACCUGGCGCCGAGCCCGCCGAGGAGUAUCUGCCCCCGGGUGCUGCGCCCGGCGGUGGCGUGGCCCUGCCCCCUGGCGCGGACCAGCCUGAGAAGCUGUCCAAAUCGGCGGCGCGCAACAAGAAGAAGCGCGAGGCGAAGAAGCAGCGCGAUGCCGAGGACGGCGACGUCUCGCAGAGCCAGAGCCCCGAGCGUCGCAACGACAAGGGCGGCCACGAGCGCAGCAAGUCCAAGGCCAACGGGGCGCCCGCCAAGCCGGCGGCUGCCCCUGCGCCUGCUCCCGCGCCGGCCCCUGUGGAGGACAGCGGAGCGCCCACCGCGCAGGACAAGAAGAUCCGCGGACUCUUGAAGAAGAUCCGGGCGAUCGACGAGCUGAAAAUGCGGCUUGCGGGUGGCGAGAAGCUGGAGGACACGCAGAUGAAGAAGAUCCAGACGGAGGAGGCGGUGCGGAAGGAGCUGGAGGGGUUGGGAUAUAACGGAUGA